AUGGAUCCCUCGCUCUAUCGCGAAGAUUCGCAAACCACCGUCAUCUCCCUCACCGAACUCGACCCUUCGCCCAUAGACACGCCACCGUCCAUCGAUGCCGACCUCGAGCUACUCGACAUGUCGCAGCAAGAGGGCAUGGAGAGCAGUGCCAGCACCAUCCUGGCCAGCACCACACUCGGCCCCGGGUCUGGCCAUGGCUCCGUCUUCUAUCUCUCCCGAAUCCAGCGCUUCUCCAGCUACGCCAUGUCCAUCUUCACAUCGCUGCACCUAGCCAACGUCUCCCUCGUCCCAGCCGUAACCCGCUCCGUGCCCGCCUCCGAAUCCUACCUCCUCAUGACACGCGAAAUCUACCAGACUACAUUCAGCGAGCCCCUCCUCGUGGCCCUGCCCGUCAUCGCCCACGUCGGCUCCGGCAUUGCGUUGCGACUCGUCCGCUGGCAGCAGAACCGCCGACGCUACGGCCGCUCAACAUCCUCCAUGUACGCGCUGCACAAGAGCAGAGACGACCCGCGCCACGUGAGGAUAUGGCCUACAUUUAGCUACAUCUCUGCAUCUGGCUACGCCUUUACCGUCUUCUACUCGGCACAUGCGUUUAUGAACCGUAUUCUACCGCUUGUUGCAGACGGCGACUCGUCCAACAUUGGCCUCGCGUACGUGGCCCACGGCUUUGCGAGACAUCCUGUGCUUGCUCGCAUCGCCUAUCUCGGUCUCAUUACCAUUGGUAGCGGCCACAUGGUCUGGGGCAUGGCCAAGUGGCUUGGCUAUGCGCCGUCGAUGCGCGACUGGACGCAGAGUGAGAAGUUGGCCGAGAACAAGAAGUUGCGAAGCCAGCGCCAGCGUCACUGGCUUAGCAUCCAGGGCGUUGCACUGGCAGCUGUAGCAGCGUGGUGUGUAGGCGGCAUGGCUGUUGUUUCGCGAGGCGGUCUUCAAGAUGGAUGGGUUGGCGCUGUGUACGACGAGCUGUUUGCUCUUGUUGGAUUCUAA